AUGGAGCUCAAGGAGUUUAGCCCUAGAAUCCGCCGUGGCGUAAACCCUACACUUGGGGAGCUUCUCAAGUCGGUUGGAGAUGCACAAAGCCCUGAUCAUGAUCAUCAUAUUCUUGAGUUAGGCUUUCCUUGCAGCUCUGUCCCUCCCUCCUCCUACCCUUUUGUCCUCUCAUUCACCAAUCUUACAUAUAGCGUCAAAGUCCGACGCAAAGUGAACUUAACACCCUCGUGUUUCGGUGCUAACUCCACCACGGCAGAGGUCAAAUUGGGAAGCAGCAAAGCCAACACCAAAGUUUUACUAAAUGGCAUCUCUGGGGAGGCUAGGGAAGGCGAGCUCAUGGCUGUUCUAGGGGCAAGUGGGUCCGGAAAAUCAACGCUUAUCGAUGCUUUAGCCGAUCGAAUCUCCAAGGACAGCUUGAAAGGUUCGAUCACAUUAAACGGAGAGGCCUUAGACUCAAGGCUCUUGAAAGUGAUAUCAGCUUAUGUCAUGCAAGACGAUCUUUUGUUCCCAAUGCUUACAGUUGAAGAGACUCUUAUGUUCUCAGCUGAAUUUAGGCUUCCUCGCAGCUUAUCAAAGUCCAAGAAGAAAGCUAGGGUUCAGGCUUUGAUCGACCAACUAGGCCUUCGAAACGCUGCCACUACUGUGAUCGGCGAUGAGGGCCACAGAGGCGUCUCUGGAGGCGAAAGAAGGAGAGUUUCUAUUGGAAUUGACAUAAUUCACGACCCCAUUGUUCUGUUUCUUGAUGAACCAACUUCAGGACUUGACUCGACGAGUGCUUUCAUGGUGGUGAAGGUUUUGCAGAGAAUAGCUCAGAGUGGGAGCAUUGUGGUCAUGUCCAUUCACCAACCCAGUUACAGGAUUUUGAGCUUAUUGGAUCGUUUGAUAUUUCUUUCUCAUGGACAGACUGUGUAUGGUGGCUCGCCGGCGAAUCUUCCAGUGUUUUUCAGGGAGUUUGGACAUCCGAUUCCCGAAACUGAGAACCGAACUGAGUUUGCUCUCGACCUCAUUCGAGAAUUGGAGGAAACCCCAGGCGGAACAAAGAGCUUGGUGGAAUUCAACGAGUCCUGGCAGCUCAACAAAAAUCAACAAAGACAAGAGGCAGAUCCAAACAACUUGAUCAACUCCAUCACCAAGCCAAAGCUUUCCCUCAAGGAUGCAAUAAGUGCAAGCAUUUCAAGAGGCAAACUAGUCUCCGGUGCACCAAAUGACCCAAGCCUCUCCUCCUCAGUCCCCACAUUUGCCAAUCCAUGUUGGAUUGAAAUAGCAGUCAUCUCCAAACGCUCCCUCACAAACUCAAGACGAAUGCCGGAGCUCUUCGGCAUUCGCCUAGGUGCAGUCCUCGUGACCGGACUUAUUUUAGCCACUAUGUUUUGGAAGCUUGACAACUCUCCAAAAGGUGUCCAAGAGCGGGUGGGCUUUUUUGCCUUUGCCAUGUCCACCACAUUCUACACGUGCGCCGAGGCCAUUCCAAUUUUCCUCCAAGAACGCUACAUUUUCAUGAGAGAAACCGCCUACAAUGCCUACCGCCGGUCCUCUUACGUUCUUGCUCACUCUCUAAUCUCCAUUCCCUCCUUACUCUUCCUCUCCUUAGCCUUCGCCGCCACGACCUUUUGGGCCGUGGGUCUGGCGGGCGGUGUUCAUGGCUUCCUCUUCUUCUUCUUCACUAUUUGCGCUGCGUUUUGGGCCGGGGGUUCUUUCGUCACAUUCCUUUCGGGCAUUGUGACCCAUGUCAUGUUGGGCUACACAGUUGUGGUGGCCAUUUUGGCCUACUUCCUUCUCUUUAGUGGGUUCUUCAUAAGUAGAGAUAGAAUCCCACUCUAUUGGAUUUGGUUCCACUACAUUUCCCUAGUGAAGUACCCAUAUGAAGGUGUCUUGCAAAAUGAGUUUGAUGACCCCACCAAGUGCUUUGUGAGAGGGACCCAGAUGUUUGACAACACACCACUAGGAACCGUCCCCGUGGCAAUGAAGUUGGAGCUGCUCAAGAGCAUGAGCACCACUUUGGGAGUCAACAUAACCGGCUCCACGUGCGUGACCACGGGAACAGAUAUACUGAAGCAGCAGGGAAUCACUGACCUCAGUAAAUGGAGUUGCUUGUGGAUCACCGUUGCCUGGGGGUUCUUCUUUAGGAUUCUGUUUUAUUUUACUUUGUUGUUGGGCAGCAAGAACAAGAGAAGGUAG